UCUCCUUACACCCCUCUUUUCUUUUCGUUUUUGACCGAGAGCUUCAAAGCUCUUUACGCCGGCCAUUACUCGCCGGUCCGGUGACCUAAACUGACAACCACGAACUACUUACAGCCCUCAUUCCGCCUUGCUAGCCUCCAACUUUGGUUGUAAAUCACUUCGGCGUCUCCCCUCCCCGGUGUUACGACCCCAACUACUAAGUGUAAAUUCGAACAAUUCUGAAGCAAAACGAGAUGAAUCGUAACUAAGCAGCAGGUGAUCGAAUUCAAGAUUUAAUUUUCAUGAGGCUUCAGCAAAACCCAGAUCCAGAAUCCAGAAUCCAACAGGCUAUGAACUUGCUGACGAAAUUGAAUAAAGAUUUACUCCGAAUCACAAAGACGAUACACGAUCAAGAGGCUGAUGAACGUGCAGCUUAUUACCAGUUAGACAGCUUAGAAUACAGAAAGAACGGAUUGAGGAAUUGGUGGAGCAAUGAAUGGAAUAAGAUGGCUGCCCUGAAACGAGACCUCGACAAGCUCACUUUUGCUAAUAAUGCUUACAAGGAGAAAUCUAUCAGCACACAAGACAAGUUGAAUCUCCAUAACUUGUAUUUCCGGAUGCAUCAUGGAACUGAUAACAUGGCCAAGGAAAAUAAGGUCUUGAAAGAGGUGAAUGCCAGUCGAAAGAGAUUGAACAACGAUCGCGAUUCGGGUCCGUCAGUUGUUGAAGAGAUUAAUGAUCAAGUAACUACGUUCGAGCCUUCGAUUCGACGAUCGGUUUGUGUUUCCUCUUUCAUCCCAAGACCGGCAGUAAUGGUUGAUGAAAAGCAAGUUCUUGAAGAGAUUAAUGAGCUUAAAUGGGCGAGAGAUAAAGCCUUUGCUAGUGCACCUGUAAAGGGAAAGAUUUGGAACUCUUUGCCACCCAAAAAUGUCAUCAAACAACAAAUUAAGGAAAUGGAAGAGGCUUUGGAUGAUGAAUACAGGAAGGACCAUAUGCAGCUGAGAUGUGAAAUACAAGCGGCAAAGAGACGUAUCAAUGGUGUGAAGAAAAACAUAGCUUCUUUGAACAGGCAAUUGUUGGCUGUUGGUAGGAAGAAAGGGGCAGCUUACAAAGAAGUUAUAAGGCUAAUCAAGAUUCAAAAUAAACAUGUUUGA